AUGAACUACGAGGAAGAGCAAGCGCUGGAGCUGGAAGCGCUCCAGUCCAUUUUUGUGCACGACGGCGAGUUGGAAGUAGUCGCACCGGAUAACUUUAUCCUCAAACUUUUGCCACACCCAGAAGAAGAUGAAGAGAAUCACGUCGAAGUGAAGCUCGAAAUAAGGUACUUUGCGGCUGUAGCGCUGCGGCUUCUUGCUUGAUGUUUCUUGCUCAGAUGAGGAGGUAGUAUUGCGCCUUUCUGAAGCCAGGGCUGAUUGAUGGCUCCGGCUGACAAUCUCCCAGGCAACUCCCCGAGCUUGACUGGUUCACAGCUAAGAAGAGUUUUGCUUCAUCAGGCUCCGGUGGUGAUAAGUUGAAACACCAUUCACCAGCUAUUUACAAGCAGGAACAUAGAAAGUACGCUAAACAGUUACUCGCUCGCCUGAAGAAGCGAGCACCCGAUUGAAUUUUUUUCUGGAAGCUUCACGACAAGUGGUUUGUCAUGUCGGGACGGAACAAAAAAAGCCUUAUGUACAACAUACAAGAACUUCCAGCUGCCAGCAUGAAGACGUCUUCAAUCAUCGAAACAGGUAUCCCUCCACCUACCCCGAAGUUCUUCCGGAAAUUGAAAUCAAGGACAAGAAGGGACUAAACAACGACAAAAUGGCCAAGGUGCAAGCUCUGAUAACAGCGACAAGUGAGGAAAACGCUGGCAUGCCCAUGAUUUACAUGGUCGCAGAGGCUUUGCAGGAAUUCCUUAGGGAAAACAACGAAAAGGAGCUGACGAUGCACGAAGAGAUGAUGCUGCGAGAAAAGGCGAAGAAGGGUGAUGACGAUAUCGGGGAAGAGGACGAUGAGGAUGAGGAAGGUACUAACUGUAUUCUAGUUUUCGCGGUACUGUAUCGGAGAAGGGCUCCGUCCUCGCGCGCGCUUUUGUUUACCAAAAAAAAUAAACAGCAUAGCACCGUCGUAUCGUCAUGUAUAAGAUUAUGCGCGAGCGAUUAGUCGUUCAUGACAUAAAGACGUCGUACACCAUCGCGCAUUACGUUAUUCACCACGCUAUCACGCAAAGGUAAUGCAAGACGUUUGUGAAUGACCCGUAGUAUACCAUCGUGCGUAAAGUUACGCACCAUGGUAUGGUGAAACGCUUUUCAUGCGGUUAUUUGUGAUAUCACUUACUGCACCGUCGUGUACAGUGUUACCUCCGAUAAUGUUUGUUGAUAAGACUUGUACUUACAGUUACAUACAAUUGCCUGCAGGUGGCGCCACUAGUUUCAUCUCUUUACAAAGUAACACCGUUUACAGGCCGUUUACUACAAAGCAAAGCACUACUUACAUCAACACCAACAGACGACGACGACCUCGGCGAGCCAGCAGACGAGGAAUGGCGCGGCUUGCACCUAAAAGAGCUCUGCGCGGAGUCGAGCCGAAUCACCAUCCAGCUCUUUCUCGAUUGGAGGACGAAGUUUGAGGAGGAAAUGGCGCAGUUUCGGAAAAAAGUGAACAAACUCUCCACGGUGACCGGCAAGCAGUACUUCAUGACCCAGAAGGAACAAAACGGCGCGAACGCGGAGGACAAGAUGGCCGAAGAGGAGGCCAAAGCCGCGGAGGACGAGUUUGUGGACGACGAUGAGGAGGUGGAUGAGGAUGAGGACGCUGACUUCUCACCGCCACCAAGAUCCAACGCGGAUCGGAACCUCCAAGAACACUUGAAAGCAGCGACUUCUACUGAGAAUUCGUGAGGGUCGUUCUUGGUGCGGCUUCGCACUCGUCGUGCACCAAUACAGCUGGUUUUCGGACCUCAUGGUAAGAAGUACACUCGCGCUCGCCGCAGACCUCCCCCCUCUGCGGACAAAUUAUCAACAUACAGAAACAUACACAUCACCGCUGAA